GUUUAUAGAUGUGCUCUUUUAUGUUCAUUUAUGUUUUGAAGUGCAGAAAUUCGUCUCCAUCAUCUUUCAUAUCUGAUAUUAUUAUUAGUAUAUAAAAGUUUUUACUUAAAAUACAGUGCAAUGUCGGACAUUGACGCAAAAGUCAAUAUGUCUCUUGAUGAGAUCAUAAAGUUGGACAAGAAGAAAAAAAAGAGUGGCGUAGCCAGUGUAAAAGGAGGAGUGAAGAAAUCUCGCGGUUUGAAACCAGGAAUCCAGGGCGGCAAUCAAAGACCGAAAAAACAAAAUCAAUCUCAAUUUAAAAAAAUCAUGUCGUGGAGACAGGGAACCACGAAGCUUCGUGGAGGUUUUGUGAGAAAAAGAUACAACAAAAAAGGUGGAAUCGUUAGAAGUCGCAGUAGCUUAAAUUUGAAUCGGAAUUUCAAAACAUAUACCAGAGAAGCAUUUUCUGUGAACCGAGGAUUUGGGCCCAAGAGAAGAGCUGUAGGCAACAGACUUGCAUUGAAUCGCAACAAGAGUCAAAUAAAUCCAUCUUUUGGACACGGCGGAUUUUUCAUCAAUCGAAGUACUCUUAAAGGCAAUUCCAAUAGUAUGUCUAAUUUAAGAGAUCCUAAUUCGGUUUACAAUAGAUUGGGAUAUCAAAGUCCAGCACAAAUUGCUUAUCGCAACAGAGUCAAAAGGGCUAAACAACUUCUACUGCAGCGACAAAAUCAGAGAAUGAAUUUACAAAACGCAAUCGGGAUGGCAGGAGGUGUGAAAUCUUUGAGAUCUCUUCAACAAAGAGCGUUAGAGCGCCGACAACAAAUUUUAACGUCCCAAAAUCGAUUUAACAUUGGUGGACUAAGAUCAGAUCAGAUAGUACGAGCACAAAGGCGACAGCAGUAUGAACAAAAACUGUUAAGACUUAAUUCUACUCAGAUGAACGCCAAUUCAAACGUGAAUUUCACUUGUACGUUGGGUUCUCCAUUUUCUCAUGAAAUCGGACAGCAACCUUUAAGUCUAUCUCAAAGACAAAACAGUGAAAAUAUUGGUAACCCUCAUCAAUUAUCAAGAGGAAGAUCAACUUUUCGGCAGAGUAUGCAAAAUCUGAAUGUGCUUGGUCGAAAUCAAUCCUUCACUCAACAAAGGCGAUCCAGAUCCCGCUCAAGAUCCCGCAAUCGCAGCAUACUGAGUUUGGAGUCGUCUCUAAACAUGGAUGACAGAAGUUUUAGUGAAGUCAUGUACAGCCUAUCUGGAAAUCUUGGCGUAACUGGCAGAACCCUCAAUGAUCGAUUCAGUUUUUAAGUUAUUAUUUUUUUUACAGAAUUUUGAAUUAAUAUUUUUAGAGACUGUUAAAGUUACGAAAAUAUUUUUAAAAAAGUGAAUUAAUUUUCAGUUUUGUCUUUGUAGUAUUUAAAACUAAAUAUAUAUACAAUGGCAGUUUUUCCUGUUACUAUUUCUCACACUAAUUUUAUAAAACAUUUCAGUUCAGAAAUUUAGAGCUUUAGACAGUAACUUAGAAUUCAUACUUUGGUUUGUGGCAAACCAAAAACUCUAUUGAAUGUUAGGCGUAAAGAAGUACAAUUCUCAGAAGAAUUUUGUCUCUAAUCUAAUGUAAAGUAGAAGGUUAAAUCUUAAAUUAAGCUGCACUACUACGAAAAUGUCGAUUUUUCAUCGAUUCAACGCUAAAUGUGUUUUUUCACUCACAUGCAAAUCUCUCAAGGUUGCGAAAAUUCUUUCUUUAAAUGUAAAAAAAUAGAAAAGUAAAUAUUUCACGUAUAUUACAACCAAACAACCUACAUUUGUAUACUAGGAAUACUUUGUAUAAUAUUUAUAUAUUAUAAUUCUUUUAUUAAUAUAAAGCUAACACUCAAUAAAUCGGAAUUUAUUCAAUUCCACAAAAAGCUAUUGAAACAUUGAAGAACAGACGUUUUAAUAUUUUUUAACAUUUUAUGAAUUAAAGUCAGGCCUACAGAAUUUUUGAAUUACAGAAAAUUCGAUAUUCUUCAGUUUUAAAUUAUACAGGAAAUUUUUUUUAAAUAUAUGUUAUUAUUUUUUUAAACAAAAAAUAUUUACCUUCAUGUUUUGUUUUUUAGUUAAAUAGUAAAUAUUUUCUUAAGUUUAUCUUUUAAUUAAUGAAACAUGUAAGACUAUUUAGCAACAACUUUUUCCAUUUUCGAAUUAAAAUUUUUUUAAAUAGAACGUAUAGCUUUCUAGAGAUUCAAUUUGUUGAGAUUUAACAAAAUCGUUGUUAACGAAACUUGGAAGUAAUAAGAUUAAGAAAUAAACAAUUUAUUACAAAUCUUUUUUUACAGUGCAGCAUAACAAUGUAAAAGUACAAUUCUUUUCUUACAUUAUUUCUAAGAACUUUAAAACUUUAAGUUAUGUGUAAUAUAUUAUACGCUUGUCACUUAUAAAUAUAUAAUAAAUAUUUUUGUGGACAUUAUAUGAUUUUCAAAUUUCAAACAUUAACAUAAGAACGUUUAAACGAUAAAAAAAAGUCAGCUUUCUAGUUUUGAGAAAUUAUAUGUUUAAUAAAAAAAUGCGUUUUUCUAAAUUGAGUUUUUACUAUAUUAACAUUAUAACAGAUUAGUCUGUCAACUAGUCGGAACUGAGACUAUGAAAGCGUCUAAUGACUGAAUAGUAGUAAGGUUGAUGUACCAGUGGUUUACUAAUUAAAAUUCUUUUUUUUCUAAUUUUUUUUUAAAGAUGAACUUUAGGUGUUUUUUACAUAAAAAAAUAAAGAAGUCUUCAUUGUCGCA